AUGGAAAGUGUCAGCCUCUCCAGCAAGUGCAACAUCUUUUUCCUUGUAAUUGAACGAACAGGUCUCCGUGAGAUCGAGUUCGAAGAAAACGAUGUAUUGAGGGAACUUACAAUCACCAGCAGCCGUCUAAAGAAUGUACCUCAAACAUUACACUCGUUAGACAUCUGCGGGUGGAAAACACCAAGCCUUAGCUCUCUUGAUAUGAGCUCGAACUUUCUGACUUCCGUUCCGCAAUGUAUGGAAAAUCUUAAAAACCUAAAAACGUUGAGUUUAGAUUCUAAUCGGAUCAUGUGA